AGCUGGGCCAGGCCCCUGGGGCGGGCGUUGGGGGUGGAGGCGGGUCCGGGCACCCUACUGCGCGCGAGUUCCUGGUGCGUCACGGGGGAGUCCCUUAAAGGGGAAGUAGCUGUGUCGCCGUCGGGCGGGCGGUCGGCGCGGCUCGAGGCUCAGUGAGUUGGUGGCCGGCAGCUUCUGUCGUUCGCUUCGUCCAUCCGUCCAUCCGCUGCUUGCUCGUUUGCUGAACCAGCGGGGAGGCCCCGCACUCGGAGAGAAUGCCCGCGGAGCCCAGGUCACCAUGCAAUGGAAGUCGCUGGUCCUGGGGCUGUUGCUGCUGCGGCUCGGUCUCCACGGCGCCCUCUGGCUCGCCUUCGGCCUGGGCCCUAGUAUGGGUUUCUAUCAGCGCUUCCCCAUCAGCUUCGGCUUGCAGAACCUGAAGGGCAUUGAGGGCCGCGCCGCCUCCUCCGCGCCGCCCUACUGGCUGGGGGCGCCGGGAGUCAGGGGCCCCCAGCCAUCCCGGAGAACACCGGCGGAGCAGUCGUCUCGGCCCGAGAAGGGCCCAGGGACCCCGGAACCGCCGGGGCCGGGCAUGUGCCCUAAAUCGUAUUGGGCGUCGCUGCUGGGAGGCUGGGCCCCGGGCGGAGGGGUCGACGAGUACGAGCGGCGCUACAGCAGCGCCUUUCCGCCCCAGCUACGGGCUCAGAUGCGCGAUUUGGCCCGGGGCAUGUUCGCUUUCGGCUAUGACAACUACAUGGCCCAUGCCUUCCCGGAGGACGAGCUCAACCCCAUCCACUGCCGGGGCCGGGGGCCGGACCGCGGGAACCCUUCAAAUGUGAACAUCAAUGAUGUUCUAGGAAACUAUUCUUUAACUCUGGUUGAUGCCUUGGAUACACUUGCAAUAAUGGGAAAUUCAUCAGAGUUCCAGAAGGCAGUGAAAUUAGUGAUCAACACAGUUUCAUUUGACAAAGACUCCACAGUCCAAGUCUUUGAGGCUACAAUCAGGGUCCUUGGAAGUCUCCUUUCUGCCCAUAGAAUAAUAACUGACUCUGAACAGCCCUUUGGUGACAUGACAAUUAAGGAUUAUGAUAAUGAACUGUUGCAUAUGGCCCGGGAUCUGGCGUUGAGAUUGCUCCCUGCCUUUGAAAAUACAAAAACUGGAAUUCCCUAUCCUCGGGUGAAUCUCAAGAGCGGUGUACCCCCUGACAGCAAUAAUGAGACUUGUACCGCUGGAGCUGGCUCCUUGCUGGUGGAGUUUGGGAUUCUUAGUCGACUGCUGGGGGAUUCAACAUUUGAGUGGGUGGCGAGGAGAGCUGUGAAGGCCCUUUGGAAUCUUCGCAGCAAUUACACUGGGCUCUUAGGGAAUGUCAUAAACAUCCAAACAGGCACCUGGGUUGGAAGGCAGAGUGGUCUUGGAGCCGGAUUAGAUUCCUUCUAUGAAUACCUCUUGAAAUCUUACAUUCUCUUUGGAGAAGAUGAUGACCUGGAGAUGUUCAAUGCUGCCUAUCGGAGUAUUCAGACCUUUUUAAGAAGAGGCCGGAGAGCUUGUAAUGAAGGUGAAGGAGACCCUCCGUUAUAUGUGAAUGUGAACAUGUUCAGUGGGCAAAUGAUGAAUACCUGGAUUGAUUCUCUGCAAGCUUUUUUCCCGGGAUUGCAGAUAUUAAUAGGGGAUGUGGAAAAUGCCAUCUGCCUUCAUGCCUUUUAUUAUGCCAUUUGGAAGCGAUUUGGUGCCCUUCCAGAACGAUACAACUGGCAGCUCCAGGUCCCCGAAACUCCCUUUUACCCUCUGAGGCCAGAGCUGGUGGAAUCCACCUAUCUCCUUUACCAGGCAACCAAGAAUCCCUUUUAUCUCCAUGUAGGAAUGGAUAUUCUUCAGAGCCUGGAAAAGCAUACAAAAGUCAAAUGUGGUUAUGCUACAUUACAUCAUGUCAUAGAGAAAUCAAAAGAGGACCGGAUGGAAAGUUUCUUCCUGAGUGAGACCUGUAAAUACUUGUAUCUGUUGUUUGAUGAAGAGAAUCCAGUGCAUCAGUCUGGAAAUGGAUACAUGUUUACUACUGAAGGACAUAUCAUAUCUGUGGACAAAUAUCUUCGGAACUCUCCUUGGAAGAAAUCCCUUUCAGAAGAAGAGGUGGGAGAACACCAAGAAGAAAAAAUGUCCAGGUCGAAACCUUUGGAGCUAAAAGUCAACACCUCAGGCCUAAAUUGCAAUCGUAUUCCUGAUGAGAGAAGGUACUCUCUGCCCCUCAAGAGCAUCUACAUGAGACAGAUUGAUCAGAUGGUCGGCCUGAUUUGAGUCAUCACUUUGCACGGGGAUCUUCAAAGGAACAAAUGCAGAAUUCUAAGUGAAGUGGAAGGACUACAACAGUCUGACUGUGAAUAUAAUGGCGGCAGAUCUGGCCCGCAACAUACUUGCUCUCUGUUCUUUGAUAUCUUCAUUAUUUUCUCUCUGGUUCAAAACACAAACAACCCAAACUGGUCUCCCUUAUUUCUUUAUUAAGAUUUGAAAUCAUCAGUGGCUGACUGGCUAUCCCUUUACUGUAGUUACUGAGCAGAGCUGAAAGGGCCCCUCUGAUUUUUACAAUAGACUGCCUGUGCAGGGAAGCGUUGAGGAGCGGCCAGCCCUCGUCAGAGGCUCUUGCUACCUCUUCACAGUAGGAUUGUGGAUAAGAUCUCUUUGCACAAGGGUUUAUGGGAAUCACUUCUUUUCUUGAGAUACUUUCUCUUGUGGGAUGGUUAGGCUGCCCGCUAGCUCAUCGGUGAGCCAUUAUCUGCCCUGAUUUUGGAUUACCUUUUUCUUAAAGAAAAGAAAAAUCUGUCUUUUGCCACCAGUGCACCACGUAACCCUAACUAAUCAUUAUGGCCAGGUCUGAAUUCUAACCAGUAGCUUCUGAAGGAUCACAUCAUGGAACUGAGAAACGACCUUGUCUUAAAAUCUAAUGUCACGUGGACUCUGCAGAACUCUGAGGGGGAGCCAGCCUGCCCAGAGCCCUCGUAGGUCUGUCCUGAUUUCACACUUAUUGACCAGGCUUUUUUGAUUCUAACUGUGUUUGGGUUUAAAAAAAAAAUCUUCCCUCUCCCUUCUUUUGGUUCAUACAUCGCUAGAGCUCAUUGAAUGGGGAUGGGGAGAGAAAGGACCAGGAUGAUACUCUUUACAUGGCUUGGGCAGUUGGCCUGCCCAGGUUUGCAGUUAGUGCCUUAGAAUGACUCCAUUGUGGGUCACUGAAAAUUGAAGCUGCUUCUCCUUCUUAGCAGGCUCAGUUUGUGUUAGGAUCUCAUGGUGUUAGCAUAGAACCAGGACCCGAAUAAAACAGUGAAAUACUAGAUUCUUAUUCCUUAGGAAUGGUGUGUGUGUGUGUGUGUGUGUGUGUGAGAGAGAGAGAGAGAGAGAGAGAGAGAGAGAGAGAGAGAGAGAGAGAGAAGGGGAUUGGCCAGACUUGGACCUUUCAAUAUUUCAUUUCAGGGAAGUAAGUAACCAGGAAAUUAGACAAAUUUUGGAGUGAAAGCCUCCUCCUGUUAGAAAGAAACAGAAAACUCUUUCCAGGGGUAGUGUAUUUCCUUCAUGAAUGGAUUUAAACUAGUAUUAGUGAACUCCAGCUAGAAUUGAUCUGAAUACCGUGAUACUAUCAGGGGUUAUGGACUAGACUAUUCAACAUGGGAAGCUCUAGCUUCACUUGGUAUUUCCUAGUCAGUCAAUGCUGCCCACUUUAAAAUUUCUUCCCCCUUUUCCAAAGGGAAGCAGAUAGCUACCUAAAUCCUCACAUUUAUCAACCUACUGGGGAAUUUUUCAUUCUUUUUAUUUCUUUGGUAAGUUUUAUAAGUUUUAGAGGUUUUGUGUUUUCUUUAGUUAGAUAGAAAAUUCAGCUCUUGAUUAUUUUUAAUAACAAGGUUAAGAAAUCCUCAAACUCAUUUAAAAACCCUUUGCUACUAUGUAAGAUAAUUUUUUAAAAGCAAGAACAUAAAAUAUUUUGCUCUCUUCACUGUUUAAUCUUCAAAAGCCUUAUUCUGAGUCACCACCUGCACUUGCUGUGUAGAUCCAGCAUUCAUUCAGUAUACUUUACUUUAAAAAAAGUCUUCCAUAACUCCCUGUAAAUCCACUCUUCCUUCCUUUUUCCUCCCUGCCCUCUUCCGAUUUCUUUCUUCAGCCUACUUGAGAAAAAAGCCUUGGUGGAACUGAGGAGGAACAGGCAGUGUGAGUGAUCUAGGUGGGAUCUGGGUUUGCCAACUUUCUCUUCUGGGUUUGCCCCUGCUGCAUCCCAUAUUUCCAUGACCAAGUGGGAGAGAGCCACUUUAACAUCCUCUUCUAGUCCUCCGUUCUGCAUGUCUUCCUUUCCCACUCCUCUAGCAUGUCUAAUACCACCUUUCUUCUUCUGGUGUUAGAAUCUGUGCCUGGAAUCAUGAUCCUCUCCUUUGCUGAGCUAUUUAUGAAACUCAGGGACUUAAUGCUCCAAUCCAGAAUCAGCUCCCGGGACUGCACCUUUGUGCAGAAUGUUAUUGAGGAUUGGUGAGUGGCUUCAUGGAAACCCCGAAUGUUCUAUUCCUACCCAAGCCAAAACAUCCUAGCUAGGUAUUUAGGUCCCAGUAUUGAUCCUGGAAGGCAUCAGUUGUGCCUCUGAUCAUUGAUUCAUCAUUAGGAAGAACUGAACCAAGUCUGAUGGCUUUUUUAAAAGGAGGCUAUAUUAAUGAGAUUUGAGCGUGAGCAAACACUUUCAUUUUCUACUUGGGAAGCAACACACCAGUGCCAGCACUAGCCAUUCGAGAUGAUGCUGCCCCCAGUAAUUGUGACACCUUUUUAUUUCACUGUGUCAUCCAUGUGGCUCCCUCAGAAGGCAGAAGAAAGGUAAUUGCCAAAGAGAGGACAAUUUUUGCUGAUUUGGCUUUUGGGAGCUCUGAUCUCACCUGUGCGCCAUCUGCAUGUGGGAUUAUUAAUGACUGUGCUGGCAAACAAUGUUUAUGGGCCCCUACAAAGCAUGUAUGACUGAUGACUAAUGUGUGACAGUCUUGGUCUCUACAUUGGCAUUGUAUUGUCUCAGCCUUCCUAAGUGUUUUGUACGUGCCUCCACCCAGAGUCCCAAAGCAUUGUAGGGUACAGUUCUUGCACAUCAAAAACACCACCAAAGUCAGGCCUCCAAAUUUUGGGUGGAUAUUAUUUUGUUUAGUUUAGUUUUUGAUUUGUGUCGUCCUGCUUUGCAGGCUCACGAUGGAGCCCGCUGCACUUUCAGACUUUCCUUCAGUGCCAUCAAACUUUCCUAAUAGUACAUAUUGCCCAGGAGCCUGAUGCUACUACCUGUAGCCUCCAAACAGCUUAAAAUGAUAACCUCCUUGAGUAUCUAAUGAUUAAAGAAAAAUCUAUGCAGUUCCAAAUGAAGGAAAGUCUUAGUCUGGUUUGGAUGCCUUAAUACAAAUAGUUUUAUCAGUUCUGAUCAGUGAUUUUUUUUUUUUACUUCAUCAGAGCUGGGCAUGGGACAGGGUAUGGGGUAGCCUUGCCUAUCACCCCAUCUGCAGUUACUGGGUAAUUGUAAAAAGUCUUUCUUUGUGUUGUGCUGUGAAUACACAUACCCUGAAACCUUGUCCCUUUGCCACUUCAGGGUUCCAGGGUAUCGUAGUAUUUUUUCUAAUUUGAAGGUUUGAAAGACCGCUGCUAGGUGCAAGGAGCUCUCCCAUCAUGGUUACUAUGACCAUCUCUCCUCUGCCCCCAGUCCUCUUGACUCCCACCAUUGUGCCUCUGCAAUUGGGGGCCCUCCCUAGUCAGUCCCUGUGAUCUAUUCCAUAAGUGAUAAGCCAACUGAGAUAAGAACAAAUUGGUUAGACACUGGUCACCACUGGGGCCACUGAGCAGGCCCUGAAGAGGGACCACAUUGAAAUGAAUGUGAAUUUGGGCAAAUGUCUGGUAGCCAUGGCACUUCCCAGUUCAGCCCCGUUUCUCAGCUCUUGAUUCCAAGAGAUGAGGGAGGUGGGGUGGAAGGAUUUUGGAAGGUGGUUUUUGUUUUUUAAAUAGCAAAACAUAGGGCAUAUUUUUAUUUAUUUUGCACUAGAAAAGCAAAUCUGUUUUUGCAAAACUGAGAAUUGGAAACGGCUGGGGUGACUUGUUGGAAUAUACAGGUCUGUUGUGCUUCUCACUCUGUAAUGUGCAAUAUAAUUUGCAACUAUAAAUGAUAUGUUUAAUCUAUGUAAAUAAGAAAUGGUUUUAAAUUAAAGGGGAGUGCUUUUUUUGUUUUGUAAAAGGACCAAAUGUUCUUUUAUAAAUGUCAUGAAGAAUAUCUUCUUGCUCUUUGAAAUUUAUUAGAAUUUUUACAAUUUUCAUUAAAAGAUUUUUUUUUACUUGUCA